GCCCGGAAGGUGGCGCGGGGCGCGGAAUGGCGGCGGCGGCGGCGCGGCGGAUCAGCACCCUGGGCCUGGCCUCGCUGCGUGGUGCCCGGGGCUACCGAGCGGCCCUGUGCACCGAGCUGGCCAAGCCCCUGCUCCUGCAGGACCUCCCGGCCCCCCCGCUGCAGCCCCACCAGGUCCGCGUGGGUGUCCAUUACUGCGGGUUAAAUUUUGCCGAUAUCUUGGCCUGCCAGGGUCUGUACCAGGACAAACACACUCCUCCGUUCACCCCCGGGAUGGAGUUUUCGGGGACUGUAAUGGAGACGGGAGAAAAUGUUAGUGCCGUGAAGGAGGGAUACAGAGUAAUCGGCGUGACUGGCACUAAAGCUAUGGCAGCGGAGUGUGUCGUUGAUGAGAAGAUGCUGUGGCAGAUCCCUGACAGUGUCUCCCACGAGGAUGCAGCGGUGCUGCCCAUCGCCUACGGCACAGCCUGGCUGGCCCUGUGCCGCCAGGCACGGCUGCAGCCAGGGGAAACAGUGCUGGUGACGGCAGCAGCUGGGGCCACUGGGCUUGCCAUCAUUGAUCUGGCUGUCAACGUGUUCCAGGCAAAGGUGAUAGCAGCAGCUGGCAGCGACCCCAAAUGCAAGCUGGCCCUGACGAGAGGCGCGAGCCACGGGGUGAACUACAGCCGGGGCAGCCUGAGAGAGGAGGUAAAGGCGCUCACAGGCGGCAGAGGGGUCGACGUGGCCAUUGAGGCUGUCGGUGGCGACGUCUUCAAGGCAGCUCUGCAAAGUUUGGCUUGGGAGGGCAGGAUUGUGGUGAUGGGCUUUGCCGGAGGAAAAAUCCCCUCGAUUCCUGCCAACCUGCUGCUUCUGAAGAAUGUGUCUGCCAUGGGAGUGUACUGCAGUCGGUACCAGCAGGAGGAUUUUCCUCUUUUUUCCUCUGCCAUCUCCUCUGUUCUUCAGUAUUGCCAGGAGGGAAAGAUCCAUCCCCACAUUGGAGCGGUCUUCAAGCUGGAAGAGGUAAAUGAAGCCUUCAACCAUGUGCUCCAGCGCAAGUCCACAGGCAAGGUCAUCAUCUCCAUGAAGUAAGAGGGCUGUUUCCCCAGACUCAGCCUCCUGCUCUGCCCCUGCCCUGAAGAGGAGACUCUUCAAGCUCCGAGCCCAGCAGUGGACAAGCCACAUGAGGCAGGGACACGAGUUAUGGUGGCUUUUCAAGUUGCUGCAUGCCAGCAGAACAGGGGUGGCUGCUGAUGCGUGCGAGCUUUUAGUUGACCCCUUUCUUUGCUUCACCAUCAUCUGGAAAGACUCCUGCCAAGGCUCAGAUCUCCACAGCCCAAGCAAAUUGGACAACUUCUGCAGCCACUGCUCAGUUACAUGGCCAAGUGCUUUGCUCUACACCUUUCACACAGCCCAGGGACCCCAUGGCACUGUCAGGGAUUUCUUAUGUGAUGGGACAUGUGUGCAAUAUGGUAAAUCUCAGCAUCAAGCUUGCCUUGCAGAUGUCCUGUUACUGCAGGAGCAGUAACUUUGACAAGGCUGUCUGGCCUCCCAAAAUCUUCAAUAAAUUUACACAACACUCAAAA